GCUCAUAACUCAGACACACUCUCUCUCACUCACUCACUGUCGGCUCCGGUGAUAUCUCCGGAGAAAAUGCAGUUCCCUCCGGCCAUCAUCUUAGCCACACUCUGCAUUGUCCUGCAACUCCUAACCAUCUCCUCCGCCUCGGUGAUACCCAAUCGCCACGUGUCUAACACUCAUUGGCUUCCUGCAGUUGCCACAUGGUACGGAAACGCCAACGGUGACGGCAGCGAUGGAGGAGCGUGUGGGUACGGUACGUUGGUGGACGUGAAGCCGUUUCAUGCUAGAGUUGGAGCUGUGAAUCCUAUUCUCUUUAAAAACGGUGAAGGCUGUGGAGCUUGUUACAAGGUUAGGUGCUUGGACAGGAGUAUCUGUUCCCGGAGAGCUGUCACUGUUAUUGUCACUGAUGAGUGUCCCGGAUGCUCCAAAACCAACACUCAUUUUGAUCUUAGUGGUGCUGCCUUUGGUCGUUUGGCUAUCACCGGAGAGUCUGGUCCCCUCCGCAACCGUGGUCUCAUCCCCGUUAUUUACCGGCGGACGGCAUGCAAAUAUAGACGGAAGAACAUAGCGUUCCAUGUGAACGAAGGAUCAACCGAUUUCUGGUUGUCUCUACUUGUUGAGUUUGAAGAAGGAGAAGGCGACAUUGGCUCCAUGCAUAUUCGCCAAGCAGGAUCGAGGGAAUGGUUAGAGAUGAAGCACGUUUGGGGAGCCAACUGGUGCAUCAUUGGUGGGCCACUCAAAGGACCAUUCUCCGUUAAGAUCACCACUUUGUCCGCCGGUAGAACACUGUCGGCAACCGACGUCGUUCCUAGAAACUGGGUUCCUAAAGCAACUUAUACUUCUCGCCUCAACUUCUCCCCGGUCCUCUAAAGACUAAUAUUAGUAUACUAUUGUGUGAUCUUUUUUUUUUUUUUUUUGAGGAGAGAAAUAGAGUGACUGAUGGCCGUAGGAUGGCAAUUGUAAGAAAAUCUAUCCGAAUCCAACGGCUCUUGCGUUCUCUCCUCUUCAUCCUUGUGUGUGUGUAAGAGAGAGUGUUGGUGAGUGUGUAGGAGCCAUUGUAGCCAUCUCCAAAGGGGAGAUAGAGCUGGGAGUAGUAUUUGGUGGUGUCAUGUCUUCUUUUCUUAUCUAAUUUUUGUCAUUUUCUUCUUCUAUUAUGGGACAUUAGAAAAUAUAUCAUAUGAAUAUGUGUUACUUCCACUUUCUAUUGUGGGAUACUAACUACAGAAACAGAG